AUGCAAUAAUAAUAAGAAAGAAAAUCCUUAGUUCAAGAAUUACUUAAGUCAAUUGAUUAGGUAUCAUUAUAAAGUUCAUUUAGUAAAACCACUCAUUAGUUUCGAAUAAUUAAUCUCUUCAUGAAUUUUAAUGGUUUGAAUUAGAUAAUAAAAUAAGAAUAUUGGUUCAUGAAUUACUAGAACCACAUUUAAAGGAAUUUGUAGAUCACAGAUCAGAUUAUUAAACGUAUUUUUAAUUUAUUAUUGCAAUCAAGUAUUUCACUCAAACUUGAAAAAUACAUCUAAAAUUAUGAGGAAUUCAAGGCUCUCUAUUUUUAAAAUGGUAAAGGAACUCCUAUUAUUCAAUAAUUAAGACAAUAAAUGUUAGAAUUAUAAGAGAAGUUUGAAAAUAUUCAAUAAACAUCUCUUUUUACAAUCAAUGAAAAUAACAGAAAGUUAGAUUAAGUUUAAUUUUUAAGGGAUUAACAAUAUCAUUAAUUAAAAAUGAUAGAAAAUAAUUAAAUGUAAUGGACAGAACAGAUUGAAAAAUAUAGACAAUAAAACUAAGACUUUAAAUAAGUUUUGUUAGAUAAUUUAGAAUAAGUUAAAAAAGAUAAUUAAAUAGCAAUAGUUACUGUUUAAGAUAAAUUGCAAACAAUGAAUAUCUAUUUAGAUAAACAAGAUUGUGUAUAAAAAGAUAUUAAAGUUAAAAUUGAUAAUAAUUAUGAAAUAUUACAAUCUUAUUAAGAUAAACUUUUAUAAUAAUUAGCAUAGAGCUAAUAAAAUUAAUAAAAUUUGGAAUUACUAAAUAAAAAAUUUCCAAAAUUAGAUGAACUAUUAUCUUAUGAUAGAUCAGUAAAAAAUGAAUUGGGGUUGAUGAAUAACAAAUUAAAAUAUUUUGAAAAUUAUAUAGAAAAAUAUUUUCCACUCUUUUUAUAAGGAACAAUAUCUGAUACACUUCAUAAUUGUCUUUAAGAAAAUGAAAGAUUUAAAUUAGCUCAACAUGAAGAAAUUAAGUUUACAGAACUGCAUAGGAUUAUUGUAAAUGAUGACGGAAAUCCAAAUUUAGAUAAAAAAAUUAAUGAAUAUACUUCCUUUAUUGAGAAACAAUUAAAAAAGAAUAUGUCAUUUCUUAGAGAGUAGAAGAUUAAUACUAAUUAAGUUAAUAGUAAUUAAGCUAAUACUCCAAAUUAAGAAUUACUUUCUUCUCAUGUAUCUGAAUAUCCAUCAACUCCUAAAUCUGAUGAUAGUAGUGAAAGAAUUGGAGUUAAAAAUGAAAAAAAUUAAAGGAUAGAUAAAAAUGAAAUUGAAUUUUAUUUGUAGAAUAAAUUUAAUGAAUUUAAAUUAGCAUUAGAAAAAGAUGUGAAUUUUUUUUAAAGAACUGCUGAUGAAUUAGAUAAAUAAUUUAAUGUUUUACAUGAUUAAAUGAUUAAAUCAUUUGAGUUAAUAAAAAUUUAAAACUAUGAAUCUAUCAAUUAAAUUACACAAUAAAUGACUGAAAUAAUAAAUUAAUAUAAUAAUAUACCACUAUUAACUAAUGAAUUGAAUGAAGUUCAGCAAUAACAUUAAUAAAGUAUUUAAAAAUUAUUAUAAUGUUAAAUACUUUUGAUUCAAUAAAAUUAAGAAGAAGUUUAAUAUAAUGGAUAAACUUAUUCAUAAGAGUAAUGCAAAGAAAUGCUAAAUGAAUUAGUUUAUUAAAUGAGAAAUGAGAAUGAUUUUAAUAAUAUUUUUGAUUCCCCUAUCAAGAAAUUAAAGCCUUAAUUAGUAUUAGAUGAUAGGAAAUCUAUACGUAUUAAAACAUCUUCUUAAAGUGGUUUACGUAAAAGUAUUUACAGUCAAAGUUAAACUAGAUCAACAACUGAAAAAAGAAAAUUUUAUUUAUUAGGUUCCAAAAUUUAAUAGGAUUUAUGUUAGAGUUUAAAUAAUUCAGUGCUUAAUCCAAGAAAAACAAAUACAAAAAUACUAUUUUAAAGUAAGGCUAAUCAAAAUGAAUGA